AUGAAUCGCAUCGCGUCCCCGUGCUCCGACGACUGCGCGCCUCUAGAGUCACGUUGACGAACGAAUUUCGCCGUGUGCGAGAGAUCUGUGUUUCGGGGGAGAAAUUUGCGCGCGAUCAAAUCUGCGGCGAAGCAACAAGGCGCAUGUGUGUGAUAAGCGGUGAAUGAUACGCGAAUUGCGCCACGACGAGAGUGAGAGUUGCGCAGCAAGUGCUUUACGGGGCUCGGACAAGGGGUCACAGUGAAAGGGGGUUCGACGUGUUUUGCGCCCGGGACAAUUCGGGAGUGUUGCGAAACCGGCGCGAGGUUCGGUAGCCUCCAGGGGUGGAAGACUUCGUAGCAAUUCCCCGCGCCUUGAUUGGAUUUUCGACGGUUGUUUUUGUUUCUUGGGACCCAACCCGGCGUUUUUUGGCGUGGCAGAUCCGUAACUACCAGGCCUGGGCGUUGCAAUUUGUUAAUGGUGUUUUGGCUUGAAGGAGGAGUGUGAAUUCGUACAAUAGCUUAUUGGCCGUAAACAAGAAGAGAAAUAAAGGCGAAAAUCAGCGAGCGGUGAAAAAUUUCGCUUUUCAGAUUCGGUUGGGUGAAGAUCGAAUAUUCUGAGAUUUGGUGUUACCUAUGUGCUUGUGCUAUUAGCCAUAUCGGUGGUGUAGUGUAGAGUGCUUUGGGUUGUGAAGAGAGAGACGCAGCUGGAAGAAAAUAGCCAACCAACAGUGUGGAAGAUUGAGCCUGAAAUCGAAAGGGGAACCUACUCUAGUGUGACGUGAGAAGAAACCGAAGAAGGCCAGCGAUGAUGAUUUGUGGCAUGUCGAGUGCUUUGUGGUCACCGAGUGGAAAAUAAGCGACAGGAAGUGAGAGAUUAAAGUUUUAUUGUAUUGUAUUGUAUGGUUAGAUUUUGUUUUUCGGGGAACCUUGUGCCACUGCAGUAGUGACAUUAGACGAGGACAGCAUAAUGGAAGCGAAAACAGAAAUUCGUUCGAAGCCAAUUUUGAGUCCGACACGCUCGUUGGACGAAGGUUUCGAGAGUGAUCCGGACCGCAUAUCAACCGAUUCAGAACUGGCAACGGCUCAAACGGCUCCAGCUUUUGACGUCUUACAAACAACGGACAGAGAUGGAGUUCAACAUACGCAAAUUGCUCGGCGAACCCAAGACAGUCCACUGGCCAAAGACAGUGGCCCGGAGAGUAUCAUCUGUUUGGAUGGGGAAAUUGAAAAUGAACUGCGCAGCAAACUGGAGAAAACGACCUUGGGCAGGCCACCGACAGGGCUUCCCAAGCAGCCAUCUGUUUCCCAUCAAUCUCAGCAAAUCCGUUAUCGCAGAAUCAAAACUCGCGCUCCUCCGCCACCACUGGGCAGCUAUCACUACCAAAAGCGAUCCCAGUCCGUGGAUUCCAUGAACCGCCUCAAUAGACACAAUAUCUACAGUCUGGAACCACCAGGAAUGACCAGUGGACAUCUCGAUUUGGUCAGCAGUAAUGGCGACGUUCUGUCCGGUCGCUACGUACGCGUUUCGGUAGAUCCUCGCCAUCAGCAACACCAGUCCCUUCAAUCCCAUCACCAACCCCUCAACCACCCUUACCGUCUUUCUUCUCUAUCAACCAACAAUAUUUACAAGUACUGUCACGCAUCGACGCCAAUGACCGGCCAUCAGCAUCUCCAUUCCCAUCCGAUGCACCAUCACCAUCUCCAUCAGGGAAUCAUGGUUGGCGCCGCCGGCAGCAUCAGCAGCAACUCAUCCAGUACCAAUUCGCGCAGCAAUUUGUACUCGCUGCCACCGCAGCAAUACCAUCUAGGAUUAUCACUCCAAUCGGCACCGUCGAACCAGAAUCCAUCGAACUCCCCAUCGGGAUCGGCGGCCACCGCUCUAAUCCCGACGUCGUCGGCAUCGUCGUCGGCCAACAACAACGGCAGGAACUACAAACAUUUCAACCACGUUCCAGUAUGCUGGACCCAGUCGAUACCAAGGCAAACAAGAAGGUACAUCACACCGACCGCCUUGCCCCAGGUGAUAGCACCGCCGAACAAGUCCACCGGCACCGGCAUCUCGCAGAAGCUUCGAGACCUGGCAACCUCGGCCGGCCUUCUCACAGCGAAACCCCGGCCACCGCUCAAGCCCGUCAUCAAGACGCGUGGCUCCAACAGCACCGAGUUCCCGAAGAAGGUGACAUUCAGCGCGUUUGCCACCGUGCAGGUUGUUUGACCCCGGCUCACCGGAACGAACUGAACCCAAAGGACGCAUCCAAGUACCAACAAGAAGAACAACAACCAAGAAGGAUAGGACAAACUGGUAACCGCAACCAACAAUCCGAUUAUCACCGGGCGAAUAUCAAUUAUUUCAUGCAAUUAUCGGAAACAAUUUGUUAUUCGCGCUCUCGCAAUCGAACUCAUGCAAAAUCGACUAGACGACUGUGCGGAAUGACAGCGUUAGAAGUAGAGAAAUAGCAAUUAGUUGUACGGAGGGAACAUUCCUAUAGCAAAAACGGAUCACAAUUAGAAUACACAGGGACACACACGUUACGUUACAUGUACCACUCCGCACCACGGUGCUCCCGAGAUCGGUAUUAAUAAGAAAAAAAAUUUACAUCAAUUCUGUGCCCAUGGUUAAGCUGAA